AUGGCAUUCUUAUUUAAACAUAAAGAACUUGAAAUAUCAAUUUGUUUAAAUGGCACAAAAGAUGAAAUUGUUAUACCAGCGGAUCAAUUAUUAGGUUUUAAAAUUAUCAAUAAUCUUAAUAAUUUUAAUAAUGAUCUUAAUGAAAACCACAAAAAUAAAAAUAAAAGUAAAAAUGUCAUUUAUAAUAUAUUGUUAAAAUUUAAACCAAAUUUUAAAAGAAUGUAUCAAUAUCACCUUGGAGGUUUUCCUUAUCUUCUUGAUCCUACAGUAACCGACGAUGAUCCUACAAAUGGAAAAUUAGAUCAAUCAUCUUUUGUAAAUCUUGUAACAACCAAUCAAAAUACAAACGAAUUAUCUUUAAAACUCAUUGAAUCAGCAAUUGAUACAUCAUGGUUUCAAAAAUAUCAACUAGAAAAUGAAAGUAUCAUUGAAGACGAUAAUCAAAAUGUAAGAAUCUUGUCGUAA